ACCGGGGCUAGGAGCGGCGCUGCGGGCCGGGGGCGGGUCGCGGUCUGCCCCUCCGUCCUACCCUGCCGGGGACGUGCGUUCCACUCUCGGUCGCCUCGGAGAGGGAGCGAGGGAAGCGGCUGGAGGGUCGGGAACAAGGAGCAUUCGCUUGAGGCUGGAGGAGGCUUAACUGCGUCCCCGCCCAGCCCGCGCCUAUGCGGUACUUGAAGGAUGGCGAAGAGGUCGCGCAGUGAGGAUGAGGAUGAUGACCUUCAGUAUGCUGAUCAUGAUUAUGAAGUACCACAACAGAAAGGAUUGAAGAAACUCUGGAACAGAGUAAAAUGGACAAGAGAUGAGGAUGAUAAGUUAAAGAAGUUGGUUGAACAACAUGGAACUGAUGAUUGGACUCUAAUUGCUAGUCAUCUUCAAAAUCGUUCGGAUUUUCAGUGCCAGCAUCGAUGGCAGAAAGUUUUAAAUCCAGAAUUGAUAAAGGGUCCUUGGACUAAAGAAGAAGAUCAGAGGGUUAUUGAAUUAGUUCAGAAAUAUGGGCCAAAAAGAUGGUCUUUAAUUGCAAAACAUUUGAAAGGAAGAAUAGGCAAGCAGUGUAGAGAAAGAUGGCAUAAUCAUCUGAAUCCUGAGGUAAAGAAAUCUUCCUGGACAGAAGAAGAGGACAGGAUCAUCUAUGAAGCACAUAAGCGGUUGGGAAAUCGUUGGGCAGAAAUUGCCAAACUACUUCCUGGAAGGACUGAUAAUUCUAUCAAAAAUCACUGGAAUUCUACCAUGCGAAGAAAAGUGGAACAGGAGGGCUACUUACAAGAUGGAAUAAAAUCAGAACGAUCUUCAUCUAAACUUCAACACAAACCUUGUGCGACUAUGGACCAUUUGCAAACCCAGAAUCAGUUUUACAUACCUGUUCAGAUCCCAGGCUAUCAGUAUGUGUCACCUGAAGGCAAUUGUGUAGAACAUGUUCAGACUCCUGCGUUUAUGCAGCCACCCUUCAUUGAUGAAGAUCCUGAUAAGGAAAAAAAAAUAAAGGAACUUGAGUUGCUUCUUAUGUCAGCUGAGAAUGAAGUUAGAAGAAAGCGAGUUUCAUCGCAACCUGGAAGCUUUUCUAGCUGGUCUGGUAGUUUCCUCAUGGAUGAUAGCAUGUCUAAUACUCUAAAUAGCCUCGAGGAGCACACUAGUGAGUUUUACAGUAUGGAUGAAAAUCAAACUCUGUCUGCUCAGCAGAAUUCACCCACAAAGUUCCUGGCCGUAGAGGCAAAUGCUGUGCUGUCCUCUCUACAGACCAUCCCAGAAUUUGCAGAGACUCUAGAACUUAUUGAAUCUGAUCCUGUAGCAUGGAGUGAUGUUACCACUUUCGAUCUUUCUGAUGCUGCUGCUUCUCCUGUCAAGUCCACCCCAGUCAAACUAAUGAGAAUUCAACACAAUGAAGGAGCCAUGGAAUGUCAAUUUAAUGUCAGUCUUGUACUUGAAGGGAAAAAAACCAGUUGUAAUGGUGCAGAUGGUGAGGCUGUUCCUGUAACAUCCCCAAAUGUGGCCAAGUUUAGCACUCCACCAACCAUCCUCAGAAAGAAGAGAAGAAUGCGAGUGGGUCAGUCCCCCAGCAGCGAACAUAGCGAUGGCUGUUUCAAUGAUGGUGGUAAUACAGCACUAAAACAUACGCCGGUGAAAACACUACCAUUUUCUCCUUCACAGGAAAUUGCUAUAAAAGACUCUUUAAUAACCCUUUUAAAAACAAUUUAGUCACAGCCACUUGCCUUCUUGGAAGAAGAUAUUCGGGAAGUUUUAAAAGAAGAAACUGGAACAGAUAUAUUCCUCAAAGAGGAAGAUGAACCUGCUUACAAAAGCUGCAAACAGGAGCAUACAGCUUCCGUAAAGAAAGUCAGAAAAUCACUAGUCUUAGAUAAUUGGGAAAAAGAAGAACCAGGUACUCAACUAUUGACUGAAGACAUUUCAGACAUGCAGUCAGAAAAUAUAUUUACAACAUCUUUAUUAAUGAUACCAUUAUUGGAAAUACAUGACAAUAGGUGCAACUUGACUCCUGAAAAACAAGAUAUUAUAAAUUCAACCAACAAAACAUAUACACUUAAUAAAAAGAAACCAAACCCUAACACUUCUAAAGUUGUCACAUUGGAAAAGAACCUUCAGUCAAAUUGUGAAUGGGAAACAGUGGUUUAUGGGAAGACGGAAGACCAACUUAUCAUGACUGAACAAGCAAGAAGAUAUUUGAGCACUUACACAGCUACCAGCAGCACUUCAAGAGCUCUCAUACUGUAAUUGUUAUUAAAAUGGAUGAAAUGCCCCAUUCUUACUGUAUUCUAUACUAAAUUAGGUUGCAAUGAAAUUUUUGUCAAUUAAUUGUUUUUAAAGUUUUAAUACAGCCCUAAAACGGUUUACAUCUUUUUUCAUAUUGGACGGGCAGGAAGCCCAGCCACUUAAGUAAGGGGUCGGUAAUUUCAUAGUUAAUUUUUUUAAGAGAUGAGAUUUUAAAAAAUUGUUUUUAAAAGAACAAGAUGGGAAAACCAUAUUAGAAUGUUAUGGAUAUCCUAAAAGUAAGUUUUCACGUAUUUUCUCCAGAAGAUGUAUGUUGCUACUCUCUUGAUGCUGCAGUUUUGUUACAGAUAGGUUUAGGAGUAUGUAUGGUUUCUGUAAUUAGUCUAUGUAUGGGAAGCACACAUGGUUUUAUGAAGUACUUUAGCCUACUUGGGCUACCAUUUACAAAGAAAUACAGUGGGAAGAAAUUGAAAAGAAGGAGAGAAAGUUGCACUACUAAUUUUUGGUAUUUUUCAAAAACAAUAAAAUUAACUACAGUGUUAAAUGUAUUUAUUUGAGCAUAGUACUAAAAACAAGAAGCAUUGAAAAAGGUUUUUUUCCUUAUUAGUAAAGAGUCAGUAUUUUCUUCAUAAAUCUCAGAAGAGCUGAGAGUUUUGUUGAAUGUAUUGUACAGUAUGUAGGAGCAAGAAGACUUUGUAAAUUGGAAAGAAGUCUUUUUAUAAUUUAUUUUCAUUUUGAAAGCUUAAAUGUAGAUAUUUAUACCUAUACAGGGUGUCUAGAAGCCAGUGUUGUUUCCUGUUAUUUACAGCUAACAUAAAGAACAAUUUUGAUGUUUUAAGUAUGAAAUAUGAAACAGUAGUAAGUAAUGGCUGCAAAGAAUACAGUAGCUAUACUGUAUGUCACAUCUACCUAAAUAUUGCACUAUGCCCUUUAAAUCAUGUUGGUUAUAAAGUAGUUCUAAAAAUGUACUAAAUAAUAAUUUAAUAUUUUCUUUUUAAAUUAUAUGGGGGGGUCAUAUAAAUUAAUCUGGUGAUUUGUAUAUGUGUUUGAAAUUUUUGCAUUUUGUUUAAACAAAUAAUAUGGUACUUUGGUCCCUAAAA